UAUGCUGAGCUGUGGCGCUUCGGUAGAUUGUUCCAAGUCAUUGAGCUGAGUAUUUUUAAUACAUCGGCGAAUAAUUUAUCAGUCUACAGCAUAUUGGUUAUUCAUAUCUGAGUUGUGUAUUCAUACUUGAUAGGAAAAGGUUAGGGAUUUCGUUCAGUGGGUUUGUAUGAUCACAACCCGCCACCAACCGACAUGUCAUUGUGUAUACAGUCACAGUUGGAGCCCUAUCGACCUUCAGGGCCUGUCCAUGGACCACAAUACAGACCCUUCUCAAGAUCGUUAACAUCAUAUUCCACAAUGAACGACUGGAUGGGCACGCAGGGUCGAGAACAACCUACCAAUGUGCCCGUCACACUGACCGAUGGCAACUGGAAAUAUGUCAGACCUGCCACGAUAGGAGCCAGCCUUGAUGAAAAAGAGGCCCUGAGACGUCUGGUGCCAAAUGACGAUGCAUAUUUUCAAAGAUAUAUGGAGCUUGUUGAUAAGAAGGCUUACAGAUACCCAGACCCUGGCAUGCAGAAACAGAGGGAAGGGUGUCUUGGGGGAAGCUGGAGGCAUGUCAAACAGGUGUUAGGACAGGGUGGCAAUAAUCUAGUGUUUGUUGAUGGCCUGACCAGACUCUAUGACCACAGUGAACUAAACGAACAGCUCACGAGGAGAAAAGUAGCCCACGUGGCAAAUAACUCGACACCUUUAGGAAAGGUCUCGACGCCAUUGUACAGCGUCAACAGAAAUGACAUCAGCAGUUAUCGGCAGUUCAGACAACACGAACAAGAAAAGCGAGACUUUAAACCAUGGAUGGUUCCAAAACCCUCAAGAAUGCCAGCAAUAAAUGAAGCCAAGCCCCCAAGUCGACUUCAAACACAAAUACAUGGAGUCAAGACUGCUGCAGAUCCCAACAAGGCUCACCGAGGAUUCUAUCAGAGGAACUAGCUAUCAGAGAAAGACCAACAAAAGGAACUGGGAAAAUUGUUUUGAAAGAUUAACAGAUCAGAUCAGAUCAGACUGUCUACAAGUUUCUCUUCACAAGACUCUUUAAAUGUUGCAAAAUAUAAUGGUGGUCAGCCUUCUCCGAGUCAAAUGUUGUAUUGAAUUCAAAUCAAUUGAAAAUAUUGGUUUGAACUGUCCCAAAGCGCUUCUGUGAUAAUCGUGUCUUAUUGGACUGAAAUUGUGUUUACUCAAAUUGGUAAUGUUUCUCUCGUUUAGAUAGUUUAGACGGUUACAUUAUUGGAGACUUAUUUUUCAGUUCAAGGAUUAGUAUAGGUGUCGUAAAUAUAUUGUAUCUUGGAUUAGAAAAUCACUGAUGUGGAUGUUGUAAUUAAUAAAUAAACAAUAACUAA